CCAGAGAUCGGGAGAUCCGGAGAACCUCAAUCUCAAAUCCCAGAAAUGCAGAAGGGCGUCAGGGACAAGGAGAACCGGAAUGCAUCGAUGGGUCCGGAGAUCUGCGAGUUCCACCAGCAGCCUUCCAAGCAGAACGAUGGCUUCCUUGGCAGUUUCCUAUCGAAGGGCCUGAAGACCAAUCAGCUGGUUGUGAACACGGAUGAGAAGACCCUGCGACCGGUUGCCCGUCUGAAGGAACCGCGCGAUCUCUUCGCACUGCCGAAGGACAAGGACAAUGACUGCUCACAGCAGGCCCCCAGAUGGCCGGUGGAGUGUCAGGUCAUCGAGGAGCGCAUCACACACAUUCCGUACGUGCCCGCUACGCCGGAGCCCCUCAAUGCUCCGACCGGAAACGAGCUGAAACCUCGACCCGUUGGCGAGGAGAACGGCAUCGUCGUGUUCAGUUACAGCCCGAUUAGCGCCGUUAACUACGAAAAGCCCAAGGCGAAGAAGGAGGAGGAUGAGUCCAGCGACGAAUCGGACUACUCCUCGGAUUCCCGCCAGGAUUCCACGCCUCCCAGCAGGGCCACGCCCAUGCGUCUGGCGGGGGGCGGUGGGUGCGCCCGUGGCAAGCUGAACAGCGUGUCCAAGAUGAUCAACAACGUGGACAAUCGGUCGACAAGUGCGUCCCUGGACGACAACGAUGACUACUACGACGAGGAGUACGAUACCUCCGGCGCAGGCUGCGGCGGCAGUGUGGAGGCCAAGGAGAAGGCCAUCGUCAAGGAUCUCAUCGAGGCGAAGAAGAAGCGCUACCAGGAGGAGGCGGAACCAGCCGGCGGAACGGCACGAAACUCGAGGGCCGCCAGCCGUUCGGAGGCCGCCAGCAAGGAGCCCAGCGAUAUCGAUGAUAUCUGGAAGAACAACACCAGCGAAUACAAGCCCGCCUCGCCGCGCUAUGUCCUCAGUCAGUUCGGGAAGAAUGUGGCCAAGGCGAUGAUCGACAGGAUCGUGGAUCAGGAUGAUCCCGCGCUGCACCCGCCGCCGGGAUCCCAAAAGGUAUCGAACAAGUUCGCCGUAGCCCCCGUCAAGUUGCCAAAAACGAAUAUAGCCCGCUUGGAGGUGGCCUUCGAGCGAAGUGCCCGAAAGGAUCGAUCCGCUGCAGUGGCUCUGGCUCCCGAAAAGCGGGGCAUUAGCUUUCCUCGCGGGGAUAGUAGUGCCAGCUCCUCCGAGGAGACCAGCAGCUCGGGUCUGGGUGAGGAGGAGGAUGAAGAGGAGCCAUCUGACUCCGAUACAGAGGAUACGGAGGGCAGUGGAGAUGGCUUGCGCCGAACUUUGAAGACCAAUUCGGCCCGGCUCGCUGGUGGCGCCGAGAAGCGUCCGUGUCCCGGCUCCGGAUCCGUUUCGGAUACCGAAACUCUGGUGGGAGACGACAGCAGGAGCAGGCUGACUAGCUCUGGUCUGCAGCAGCAGGACCACGUUCGUUCCAGAAGCCGCCAGUCGCCUCGAGCGGUACCGCACACCCAUGCGGCCACAGUGGCGGCGGCGGCGGCCUCAGCAGCGGCGCUCGCCAGAGGGCGCCACCGCGACAAGGACGGCUGUCUGGGCGGCAAGGACGAAUUGGCCACCAGGGGCGGUUUAAGUAGCUUAGACAGAAUGGGAGCGGGCACAAGCACUGGCACCUCCUCGAUGGGCACUCGCACCUCCUCUCCCGUCGCGAACAACGUCUUCCGGCUGAGCAAGGAUCAGCAGCUGAAUUCAAUGGCCAGCCAGGAGACGACCGGCACGCUGAACUCGUUUGCAAGUACUAACCAGACGACGACCGCAACCUCGUCGCAAUCUUUCCUCUGCUCCGAUUUAACCCAAGCGCAGUUCAGCCGCUCGGCCGUCGGCGGCGCCCGCUUCGUGACCAACUGCCAUCCCAUGAACCCCGAGGAGUACGACGGCCUGGAGUUCGAGUCGCGCUUCGAGAGCGGCAACCUGGCCAAGGCGGUCCAGAUCACGCCCACCUACUACGAGCUCUACCUGCGACCCGAUCUCUACACCAGCCGCUCGAAGCAGUGGUUCUACUUCCGGGUGCGUCGCACCCGGCGCAAGAUGCUCUACCGCUUCUCGAUCGUCAAUCUGGUCAAGUCGGACAGCCUCUACAACGACGGCAUGCAGCCGGUCAUGUACUCCACGCUGGGCGCCAAGGAGAAGAGCGAGGGCUGGCGGAGAUGCGGGGACAACAUCUGCUACUACCGCAACGACGAUGAAAGUGCCAGCAAUAGCGCCAACGAGGACGACGAGGACAACUCGACGUACACGCUGACCUUCACCAUCGAGUUCGAGCACGACGACGACACCGUGUUCUUCGCGCACAGCUACCCGUACACCUAUAGCGACCUGCAGGACUACCUCAUGGAGAUCCAGCGGCAUCCGGUCAAGUCAAAGUUCUGCAAGCUGCGCCUGCUCUGCCGCACUUUGGCGGGCAAUAAUGUCUACUACCUGACGGUGACGGCGCCCUCGUCCAACGAGGAGAACAUGCGGCGAAAGAAAUCGAUUGUGGUGUCGGCGCGUGUGCAUCCCAGUGAGACGCCCGCCUCGUGGAUGAUGAAGGGUCUGAUGGACUUCAUCACCGGCGAUACCACGGUGGCCAAACGGCUGCGGCACAAGUUCAUUUUCAAGCUGGUGCCGAUGCUGAAUCCGGACGGAGUCAUUGUGGGCAACACCCGGAACUCGCUGACCGGCAAGGACCUCAACCGGCAGUAUCGCACGGUCAUCCGCGAGACAUAUCCAUCCAUUUGGUAUACCAAAGCCAUGAUUAGAAGACUGAUUGAGGAAUGCGGCGUGGCCAUGUACUGUGAUAUGCACGCUCACUCACGAAAGCACAACAUAUUCAUAUAUGGCUGUGAGAACAAACGCAACCCGGAGAAGAAGCUAACCGAGCAGGUCUUUCCGCUGAUGUUGCACAAGAACAGUGCGGAUCGGUUCUCCUUCGAGAGCUGCAAGUUCAAGAUCCAGCGCAGCAAGGAGGGCACCGGGCGUAUUGUGGUCUGGAUGCUGGGCAUCACCAACAGCUAUACGAUCGAGGCCUCCUUCGGCGGAUCCUCGCUAGGAUCGCGCAAGGGAACGCACUUCAAUACGCAGGAUUACGAGCACAUGGGACGAGCAUUUUGUGAGACACUUUUGGACUACUGCGAUGAGAAUCCGAACAAAAUUUUAAAUUUACUCAAACAACAGGACAGGCUACGAUCCAAGAUAAUCGAAAGACUGAUGCGAGAAGGCUCCAGUGCCGACGAGCCCUUGAAUAUCCCUCUGUCGGAUUACUCCAGCGACGAGGGCAACUGCAGCUCGAGUUCCGAUAACGAGGGCAAGCACUCCAUAACGGCUUCCGAUCUGGAGGGACCCUGCUGUGCCCCCACCCGAGCACCGCCCAGUUCGCCGGAGGUCAUCCACGAGAUACGCAAGUUCCGCAUGCGACGCAUGCGCAAGGUGAUGCACGAGCUGGACAGGAUCUACUUUACGCCGCUGUUUCAGCGCAAGUUCAAAACUCUGACCACCUUGAAGAGAAGGCGUCACAAAAUGGGCGUGAAGACCGCUCCUCCAACUGGGAAACGUCUGCGAGGAGGAGGCGGAGGAGGAGGUACAACCGCCACUGGUGAAGGAGUAUCAUCAGCGAUCACGGAGAAUCCCAGCAGCAGGCAGUUGGCCAGAAAGCCAAAUCCGCCCCCUGCACCAACAAGAGAGGUCAAGAGAGUUCAGCAGUCGGCUGGGCCACAGAGUUCCGAUAGCACCGACAGCAUGGAUUCCUCGCAAUCGGAAUCGCUAAGGGAUCCGGACUGCUCCAGUGCCAGCACCGGAUUAAGUACUGCAAUCGGAAGCGGAACCGGAAGCGGAAAUGGAAAUGGAAACGCUAAAGAGGUCGCACGCAAGGUCAAGCCUUCCGGCGGCGUCAAGAAAACGGGCAAAAAGAAAAAGUUCAUGCCCACGGAGAAGCGGAAGCCGGUGGUCAAUCAGAAAUUGCACGUGGAUCGAAACUUUCGCCUGUGGCUGGCCAACCGACGCAUCUACAUCUACCGCAGGAAGAAGUCCACGCAGGCGCGUCGCACCAAGGUUCGGGGCAAGCCGCCCAAGAAGCGCGGCGAGGUGGUGCGCACCACCCUGGACCUGCCCACCACGGAUCCGGGCUCGGAUCUGCACUUCUCCACCGACGACGAGGAGCACUCGCCGACGAGCGGCCAAAAUGGCUACGGUGCGGUGGCCCCGCUGCGGCACACGCUGCUCCAGAGCGACCUGCAGCGGCGCUACAUCGAGGAGAUCGGCGACACGGUGGUCCAGAAGCCGAAGGCGGCCCACAUGCCGCCAGAACUGAUCGUGACCACGCCCUCGAAGAGCGGCGGCACUCCGGGCGGCGGCAAGAAGCUGGAUGUCUACAAGCUGACUCCGCGCACAGCGCCCGAAUUGGAUGCGCUGAUGCAGCGGCAGGCGGGCGGAACUGGCGCCUCCGCCAGGCGCACCUACUCGUGGCACAAUCUCGACCAGCAGGAGAUACCCAAUGGUGGUCAGGGCAAGGCCAACUUCUACAUGGGCGAAUCGAAGCCGGCGAUGAAGGCGAUGACCAAGCCGCCGCCCAGAAGGAGCGUUCCGAGCAACUUCAUUCCCCAGCGGCCUGCCAAUGUCCAAACGGCGGAUGACCUGCAGCUGAAGCUCUCGCUGAAGAAGAAGGUCUGGACGGGAGCGCACGGCGAUGCGGAUGGGCGUCCACUGGCCUGGUACAAGGGUCACUCGAUGGGGGGCUCCCAAAUGGCCAACGCCACGGCGGCCAUACGAAGUGCAGGAGGAGCUAGUGCUGGCCAGAAUCGAGCCAUGUUCACUUCCAGCGGCAGGGAGCAGAAUGGAAUGGCCAUGGGCAUGCCACCCGCCUUUGUGGGAGCACCGCGCAAGCCCAGGAAGCUGGAGCAGGUGGAUCUGUUCAAUGCCUGCUCCCAGAAGCUGCUGCUGUGGCAGCAGCAGGAGGAGCACAAGCGCUCCCAGCCGCAGCAGGCGCAGCGCCUGAUGAAGGUGGAGGAUCCGAGGGAGCAGCAGGCCUUCAAGCCGAUGCAGAUGGCCAAGAAGGCGGCGGCGGGCCAGGCCAGGGCCAUCCAGCAGCUGGUGGCGGGCGGUGGCGAAUCGGCGGGCGGCAAGGUGAAGCGCAAGUCGAGCAGCAUGAUGAAGAUAGCGGAGACCACGCAGCUGGUCACGCGGUUUGCCCGGAGUCGCAACAGCGCCGGUGGAGGGGCAGUGCAGCAGCAGCUGCAGCAGCAACAGCAACAGCAGCAGCACCAGCGGCUGAUGUUCAAGGGUGGCGGCCAGGGUUCCGGAUCCGUGGCCGCUCGGAUGCACUCCGCCGGCGUGAUGCAGGGAGGCAGCAACGGCGGCGGAGGAAGAGCUCCCAAUAAAUUCAAGACCGGCGGCCUGGUGAUCACGGCCGUCCAGCAGCCGGCCAACAUGCCAGGUGGCUCCUCCUCCUCCCGGCGGAUGAGGAAUGCGGCCGGAGGGCUGCAGGCGAAGAGCAGCACGGGCGUUAUGGGCUCCUCGUCCUCCGGAAUGCAGAUGCAGUAUCAGCGGAGCAGCGGCGGCAACGGCAACGGAGUCCAGGCCAACAACAAGUCCUCCGCGGGCAUCUCGCUGGACACGGUGAAUCUGGUGCGCAAGGUGAAGACCAAGCUGAAGAAGCGCAAGUCCCGCACUUUGGCCAAUGGGGCACCGAAGUAGGAUAGCUCCUCCAGUUGAGAAAUCCGGGACUGAAACCCAUUUUUCGUUCCAAAUUCUAGUCGAAUUAAAUCAACCCGUCCAUAGACUUUGUUGUUACGCAAAAGACGAUAAGGAAGUGGAUUAGCUAAAUUGUCUAAAUAAUUGAUAUAACCUCCGUAGGCCUAUCUGUACCCUAUGCAUAUGUAAUCUCGAUCCCUGUACCUACAGUUAAUCGCCUAAAAUAAUGUUGAAAGUCCUAGUGUCCUA